CACUAUUUUAUCUACAAUGAAUACUCUCUUCAAGACACAUAUGUCUUCCUAUACCACCUGCCGAUAGUAAAUAUCACAGCCUUUUAAACCGAAAACCAUGAAGCUUAUUGUAUUGCUUCUAUGCGUGGUAUUCGCAGCGUCACAGAGCGGAGUUCCAUGCGGCGUCUCUGUUGUCCAGCCUAUCACCAAAAGACUCGUCGGCGGUCAGGUGGCCAUUCCCGGCUCUUGGCCCUGGAUGGUAUUAGUGACGGAUUCGCUUGGCUACAUUUAUGGUUCCGGUUCAAUAAUUGACCAGCAUGUAAUACUGACCUCGGCACACAUUUUCCACAGAGUAUUUGAGAAUAGCCUCCACCGGUGGCGAAUUUAUGCCGGCGAACACAACAUCAGCACUGUUGACCCGCAUGAGAAGGCAUAUUACGUCAGAGGAGUGGAGAAACAUCCGGGCUUCAACAUCACAAGUCUUGAGAACGACAUCGCUCUAAUUAUCACCGUGGACCCCAUAGCGUGGAAUGACGCCACUCGUCCGGUGUGCCUGCCAGACGCUAUGCACGGUUUCCAGGUAGGAGAAAACUGCUACCUAGCAGGAUGGGGAAGCACCAAAUACACUGGUAACGACGAGACGCUGAACCAGCUCAUGAUGCCCAAACUGGACGACAACAUCUGCGCAAGCCAUUGGAACGACUAUCUUCCGGUGACAGAAAUUUGCGCGGGCUACGAAAAUCAGCAAAAGGACUUCUGUGUAGAUGACGUUGGUGGUCCCCUUGUUUGCAAAAAAUCCGACGGUGCCUGGUAUGUGGAAGGUAUCGCUUCUUCCGGCGGCGACUGCUCACAAACCUCUGACUCUCCAGGGGUUUUUGAGGAUGUGACCCAGUACAAAGACUGGAUCCUGAAUGCAAUGAGAGGUUCGGGAUACCCCUACCAGUAUUAAACGCAAUGACUCAGACCAACCUCUCCAUACAAACCCUUACUUGACAGGACUGUCGGUCUUACGAAUGGCAAUACAUAUUUUUGAUUUUCAUGUUGUUGUUUUUUCAUUAAUGCUUUUGAAUUGACAUGCUAUUGUUUAAUGAAAACCAUGUUCGAUUGGAUUGCUUUCUAUAUAGUUUAUAAGGACGAAAUUGUGUUCACAUUCACAAAGUGCCUUGGAAUUGCAAUUGUGUAAUUUGCUGUUUACGAUGCUUAUAAAGAUUUGUCUA